AUGUAUGGUACCUUGAAUUUAACUGUUCUGCCACCGCUGGUUGCAACCCUGGGCUGGAGAGCCAAAUCUCCGACGACAGCAGAGGUGGAGGUGAAGCUCCCUAGUAAAUGCGAAGUGUGCAAGUAUGUGUCUUUGGAAUUAAAAUCUGCCUUUGAUGAAACUGGCAAGACCAAGGAAGUGAUUGACACGAAGUAUGGAUUCUUGGAUGGCAGGGGAUCUAAAUUAAAGUACACAAAAUCGGACAUUCGCCUAAUUGAGGUACAAGAAAAUAUCUGCAACAGGCUACUGGAGUACAACCUGCACAAAGAGAGGACAGGAAGCAAUCGGUUUGCAAAGGGUAUGUCUGAGACAUUUGAAACUCUUCAUAACCUGGUGCAUAAAGGAGUGAAAGUGGUAAUGGACAUUCCUUAUGAGCUUUGGAAUGAAACUUCUGCAGAAGUGGCUGACCUUAAAAAACAGUGUGAUACAAUGGUGGAGGAAUACGAAGAUGUUAUUGAAGACUGGUACAGAAACCACCAGGAAGAAGACCUGUCUCAUUUCCUCUGUGCAAAUCACGUUUUGAAAGGCAAAGACACCAGCUGCUUGACAGAAAAAUGGAAUGGCAAGAAAGGGGACAUGGCAUCUUUAGGGCAGAAGAAAACUAAGAAAAAAGAUGGCAAAACCAAGAAGAACGCAAAAACUAAGAAGAGGAGCAAGGACACAGUUGAGCCAGAGAUGGAAAAUGUGGAGGCCGGGGCGAAGGAGGCCCUUGAUCAAGAGAAGGCAGAAGAGAAUAUUCAGAAAGUGACUCCACUUUCUCACAAAGCUGAUGAACUUUAGGCUCUUCUCCCCCUUCCACUUCGCUUGAGCGUGGAGCUGCAAGCUUGUAUUCAGGCCAUCGAGAUUUUUCCUUUAUCCUGCUGCAGUUGCAGGAUAGAGACACUUAGUUGAUGGGAAGACAUUCUAGUACAAGUCCUCUCCGGAGGGACAACGACCAUGGCCACUUGGACUGUAGCUACCCAGUGUUAUUGUGUGCAAUUGUACCUUCCACAUUACUGCUGCGGGGUAGGUGGAACCCAGCUAGCCCUUUGCCUGCCCCAGGGGUAAUGAAGCCAAGCAUAAAACUCUUUCUAGACAAGAUGAGGUGCUGGGUUACCUGAAUGAGGCUUACCCUUGAAGGAGGAGUCUACUUAGCUGUGUUGAUUCCAUCACCACCCCCAAACACAGCUGUGAGGUGGGAGUUAAGGCAAAGUAUAAGCAGGGCUUUUUGUGUGUGUAUGUGUGACUGUAUUCACAGGUACUGAAUACUAGUGUCUUGGGCAGGGCAGGGCGUGUCUGUCAAGCCCUGAGGUAUGAAUUGGUAGAAAUCAGCACAUCCUUAUGUAUGAGUACUGGGACUCUUUUUUUCUUUCCUUAAGCAAGAAAAGCACUAGGUAUAAGGACAAGCUCUGACUCUCCAGCAGUUCAUUUUUCCUGCUGUUGGCUGUGGCCAAGAUAACUUGCCAGAUAAAAAUUGGUACAUUCCCAGAAUCAGGUCCUUAAAAACAGACUCCAGUUCUAUCCUUUUAUAAUAUGGAGAUCAUGUAACUUGCCAGGAGGGAAAUGAGGGCAAAAGUUCUGUUGGAACAAUGAAGGGUGUCAUGCUUUUGUUGCUAUUCCAUUGUUUGGUGAGUCCUCUUCUCACCUUAUCAAUGGUUCAAUUCCCUAUAGCAGCUCCAGUCCAGAGAUGGCUUGCACAUGUCUGCUCCUGCCCUAUCCCAAAACCCCUUUGCCUUCUGUUGCUGCAGUGACCAUCCUUCCCAUAUGUUGGAGUGCUGCAAAGUGUGUAAAUAAAAAUGUUUUGCAUA